UAUUUUUCUUAUAUAUAUAUAUUUUUUUAAUUUUAAACUAUUUUUUGAAAAAAAAAAAAACAAGUUCCAUGGUGUCGGCUGAGAGAAGCCAAGCGAAGAAGGUAUGCGUGAUCGGAGGGGGACCGUCGGGACUCGUAGCCGCGAGGGAGCUACGGAAAGAAGGCCACAACGUCGUCGUUUUGGAGCAAAACCACGACGUCGGCGGGCAAUGGCUUUAUCAACCGAGAGUGGAAGGAGAAGACGCACUAGGACGGAACAAGACGUUGAAGAUACACAGCAGCAUAUACGCGUCGCUGAGACUGACAUCACCGAGAGAGAUAAUGGGGUUUACAGACUUUCCAUUCAUGAUGAAGAAAGGGAGAGACAUGAGGAGAUUUCCUGGGCAUAAAGAGCUAUGGUUGUACUUGAAAGAUUUCUGCGACUGGUUCGGGUUGAGGGAGAUGAUAAGGUUCAACACGAGAGUUGAGUACGCGGGCAUGGUGGAUUACGGGGAGUUUGGUAAGGAGGUCAAGUGGGUGGUGAAGAGUAGAGAUGUGAAGAAGAAGGUGGCGGUGACGGAGGAGGAGGUGUUUGAUGCGGUGGUUAUCGCUACUGGUCAUUACUCCCAACCCAGGCUCCCAUCCAUUAAAGGAAUGGAUUCAUGGAGAAGAAAACAACUGCACAGUCACAUAUACAGGGUUCCAGAGCCGUUUCGCAAUGAGGUUGUGGUGGUAGUUGGGAACUCGCUGAGUGGACAAGAUAUAUCAAUGGAGCUUGUAGAAGUGGCAAAGGAAGUACAUCUGAGUUCUAAAUCUCUUAAUAUUCCUGAAGGUCUUUCUAAAGUCAUCUCUAAGCAUCAAAACUUGCAUCUUCACCCUCAGAUUGAUUCCCUCGAAGAAGAUGGUCGGGUUAUAUUUGUGGACGGCUCUUGGAUCAUAGCGGACACUAUCUUGUACUGCACAGGGUAUUCAUACACAUUCCCAUUUCUUGACACCAAAGGAAUUGUAGUUGUUGAUGAUGACAGAGUGGGACCUCUCUAUGAGCACACUUUCCCUCCUUCUCUUGCACCUUCUCUCUCUUUUAUUGGAAUUCCCAGAAAGCUUAUAGGGUUUCCUUUCUUUGAAUCCCGCAAAUGGAUAGCCCAACUGCUGUCUGGGAAAAGAAGCCUACCCUCAUGCCAUGAAAUGAUGCUCUCCAUCAAACAAUUUUACCACUCAAGGGAUUACUUAUAAGUCCCUCAAGAUUCUCAAAUUCUAAUUUGGGACUCAUCUUCUUCGUUCCAGUACUGUGACAAAUAUGGAGAUCACAUUGGAUUCCCUCACUUGGAAGAAUGGAGGAAACAGCUUUGUCUCUCAGCCUUGAUCAACUCCGAGAAAAAUCUCGAGACCUAUCGCGAUUCGUGGGACGAUCACGAACUGCUUCAGGAAGCUCUGCAAGCUCCUCAUUUUACUCAAUUCCCAGAUCAUCAUAAAUUUUCACUCUAAACCCAUUAUUAUUUUUUAAAAAAUUAUUAUUAUUAUUAAUUAAUUACAUUGUUUUGUGUCAUCAUUCAUUGAGAAGAGGGAUUGAUUAGUUAAUGCUAGAAGAAGUUUGUUUGUUUGUUUUUUUUUUUCAAAUCAUUUUUUAUAUAAUUAUAGUUGGAUAAGAAGUGAUUGUAUUGAAUUUUUU